AUGUUGGAACUGGAUCGGUUGCUUUCAUCGAUAAAGGACGCGUAUGAAACAAGCAGAAGGAGAGAGGAUAGUGAAGAGUACUCUGCUGACAUUCCCUACACGUUGGAUCUGUCUACAUCCGUAAACCCGGAAAUAAUAACUUGCUACGAGUCCUGGGACUGUGGGACUCUCCACAAGGCAAUGUUCCCCAAAAACCCCUUUUUGAUAAACAAGGUGGUGCACAAGGAACAAGUUGUCUGGGAAGCGCCCGGUAAUGACAAGUGCUUUGUCACAACUAUUGAGCCCUUUUCCACCUCGAAAUUCCUGAGUUUACAAGUUGACAAUGGCACAGGUCACUGCAUGCGCAUGUUAUUUGAAAAGCACAGGCACAAGAAGUAUUCACAAAUCACCCGCGAUGUAUACGAAAAGAAAAUGGACAAGAUAAUGAGCCAAUACACAAGAGACUCUGACCGUUCUCCGCAGGGACACAGGAGAUGUCAAUCGGAAGAGGAAAUGCCCAAGAAUCAGGCUCCCAGACGAUCUAGUCUUAGAACAUUCUUUACAAGGAAAUGA